AUGAAGGGAGCAGCAGGCUGGACUGAACGCUCAGGGCCAGGGUCUGAGGGACCGGGGCCGGGGCUGGAGCGGGCGGGCGCCAGAGCCCCGGGCCCCGCCGCCGCGCCGGGCCACAGCUUCCGGAAGGUGACGCUCACCAAGCCCACCUUCUGCCACCUUUGCUCCGACUUCAUCUGGGGGCUGGCCGGCUUCCUGUGCGACGUCUGCAACUUCAUGUCCCACGAGAAGUGCCUGAAGCAUGUGAGGACCCCGUGUGCGAGUGCUGCGCCCAGCCUGGUCCGGGUUCCGGUGGCCCACUGCUUCGGCCUCCGGGGACUCUACAAGCGCAAGUUCUGCGCGGUCUGCCGCAAAGGCCUGGAGGCGCCCGCGCUCCGCUGCGAAGUGUGUGAGCUGCACGUUCACCCCGACUGUGUGCCCUUCGCCUGCAGUGACUGCCGCCGGUGCCACCAGGACGGGCACCAGGACCACGACACGUACCUCCACCACUGGCGGGAGGGGAACCUGCCCUCGGGUGCGCGCUGCGAGGUCUGCAGGAAGACGUGCGGCUCCUCCGACGUGCUGGCGGGCGUGCGCUGCGAGUGGUGCGGCGUCCAGGUGGGCAAGCAGACCCUGAAGAUCUUCGACGGCGACGACGCCGUGAGGAGGAAUCAGUGCCGGGUCAUCACGGUGCCCCGCCUGGCCCGCAGCGAGGAGGUGCUGGAGGCGGCGCUCCGAGCCUUCUACAUCGGCGAGGACCCUCGUAACCUCGAGCUGCAGGCGCUGCCCCUGCCUUCACAGGCCGGGGACUCGCGAGCCCGGGGUGAGGCUGUGGUGGAGGAGGGCAGCGGAGGCCCCGGGUCCUGCGAGGCCACCCCUGAGGCCUGGGUCAUUCGGGCUCUGCCCCGUGAUCAGGAGGUCCUGAAGAUCUACCCUGGCUGGCUCAAGGUGGGUGUGGCCUACGUGUCCAUCCGUGUGACCCCACAGAGCACAGCCCUGUCUGUGGUAGAGGAGGUCCUCCCACUGCUUGGACGCCAGGCGGAGGGUCCCGAGGGCUUCCAGCUUGUAGAGGUGCUCAUGGGCAGCAGGCAAGUCCAGCGGACGGUGCUGGUGGAUGAGGAGCCCCUGCUCAGCCGGCUUCAGGACAUCCGGCAGACGUCCGUGCGGCAGCUGGGCCAGACGAGGUUCUACGUGGCAGAGAGCAGGUCUGUGGCCCCGCACGUCUCCCUGUUUGUUGGUGGCCUGCCACCUGGCCUGUCUUCCCAGGAGUAUGGCAACGUGCUACAGGAGGCUGUGGCCGCCAAAGCCGCCGUGGUGUCCGUGAGCCACGCCUACUCCUCACAAGGCGCGGUGGUGCUGGAUGUUGCCUGCUUCGCGGAGGCUGAGCGGCUGUACAUGCUGGUCAGGGACACGGCUGUGCGGGGCCGGCCGCUGACUGCACUGGUACUCCCUGACGUGCUGCACACGAAGCUGCCCCCAGACUGCCGCCCCCUUCUCGUAUUUGUGAACCCUAAGAGUGGAGGCCUAAAGGGCCGAGAGCUGCUCUGCAGUUUCCGGAAGCUGCUGAACCCUCACCAGGUCUUUGAGCUGACCAACGGGGGGCCUCUUCCUGGGUUGCACCUGUUUUCCCAGGUGCCCUGCUUCCGGGUGCUGGUGUGUGGUGGGGACGGCACCGUGGGCUGGGUACUCACUGCCCUGGAGGAGACGCGGCACCGCCUGGCCUGCCCGGAGCCUUCUGUGGCCAUCCUGCCCUUGGGAACAGGGAACGACCUUGGCCGGGUCCUCCGCUGGGGGGCGGGCUACAGCGGAGAAGACCCGUUCUCUGUGCUGGUGUCUGUGGACGAGGCCGAUGCUGUGCUCAUGGACCGCUGGACCAUCUUGCUGGUGGCACACGAGGCUGAUAGUGCAGAGAACAGCGUGGCAGACCCAGAGCCUCCCAAGGUUGUGCAGAUGAGCAACUACUGUGGCAUUGGCAUAGACGCGGAGCUGAGCCUGGACUUCCACCAGGCACGGGAGGAGGAGCCUGCCAAGUUCACCAGCAGGUUCCACAACAAGGGUGUGUAUGUGCGGGUCGGGCUGCAGAAGAUCAGCCACUCGCGCAGCCUGCACAAGGAGGUCCGCCUGCAGGUGGGGCAGCAGGAGGUGGAGCUGCCCAGCAUCGAGGGCCUCAUCUUCAUCAACAUCCCCAGCUGGGGCUCAGGGGCCGACCUCUGGGGCUCUGAGAGCGACUCGAGGUUCAAGAAGCCGUGCAUGGAUGACGGGCUGCUGGAGGUGGUGGGUGUGACAGGCGUCAUGCACAUGGGCCAGGUCCAGGGUGGGCUGCGCUCUGGGAUCCGCAUCGCCCAGGGCUCCUACUUCAGAGUCACGCUCCUCAAGGCCACUCCUGUGCAGGUGGAUGGUGAGCCCUGGGUCCAGGCCCCUGGACAUAUGAUCAUCUCGGCUGCCGGCCCUAAGGUCCACAUGCUGAGGAAGGCCAAGCAGAGGCCCAGGAAGGCCGGGGUCACCAGGGACGCCCGAGCAGAUGCUGCGUCAGUCUCUGAGAGUGAGCCCAAGUAGCGGUGGUGAGGCAGUGAGGUGGGCCAGGUACCCUCAGGCAUCUUCAGCCAUCUGGGUGCAGCUCUGCUCCAGGUCUGCUCAAUGCCAGUGUGGUGGACGGACAUGACUGCAGUCCUGAUCACGGCGUCUUCUUGGGGCCUGGGACGAUUCUGGCCUUCGUCCCUGUCCAGUGCCAUACGAAACUGCUGAGCGGGUGGCAGUGGUUCCCCUUCUGUUCCAGAGCCCAUCGUGCUAUGGGGGUGGGUACAGGGCUGGCAUGAGCAGAGCUGGCCCCACACCGGGUGUGCGUCACGGGAAGCUCAGGGAAGGGAGGUUGGGGCCCAGGCCUCACUCCUGGCAUGCGGGCACUCCUCCCUUCGUGGCCCCAAGCUGGGGUAGAGCCACAUGCAAGCUGCCCAGGGGGCCUCUGACCCCACACUGUGCCCCUCAGCUGUCUGUCCUGAGCAGCUGGCUCUGUGGGGACCCCAGGUGAGCCCUGACCCAGCAGAUGGAGAGCUGCCAGCUCCUCCCAGCCUCACUCUCCCACCCAGGGCAAGAGGGCCUGCGGGGGGAUGGUGACCUCCCAUUUGUCUUGGGGGAAGCCGUCUGCCCUUGUUUUCUGGCUUCAUCACCAGAUGGCAGUUCGCUGCUCUGGCAGAGGCCGGGCAUUACCAGGCUGGGCCUGUGGUGUUGGCCAAGGCUGAGGGUGCUGGUGUGACAGGGCUGCCCAUGGGGGGAGGGGAACUUUGUCCACCCUGAGGCCAGGUGGGGUUGCAUGUGCCCGUGCACCAGCUGGAGCAUGGGCUGGGCCCCCCAGCGUUGCCCCCCACUUGGCCCUCAGGGAAGGAAGGACCAGCAGCAGGGUUGGGCAACCCAAAGUUCAGUGACGUGAGGUGUGUGGCUUUAACUCUGACUCAGCUUUGGCAUUUUGCAUGCUGCUUGCCACCAGCACACAGCCCCAGCAUCUCUUUGAGCUGACCAGCUUUCUGCUCUCUCAGUCUUGCUCCCGUCAGUGCCCAGACCCAGCUCCCGCCUGGUCCACUCCCACAUGCCCCAGCCCCCUACUUGGCUCUGCGGGGUGUGGCCGGCCAGGCCACAAUAGGGAUGCGCAAACAGUUGCUGUUAGAUGAAGCUGCUUUUUUCCACAUGCCCAGAACUUGAGCUGUAUCCCACCUCAGACCCUAGGAAAGACCCGACCAAAAGGGGUAACCCAUGCGGAAGCCUCCUGAGGCUGCACCCCCCAGAAAGGAGUCCCACAAGUCCAGAUCUUUCAUGUUUGACCAUUGGUGCUGGGUACGUGCUGCUGGCCGGGUCAGGGCUUUGCCCUGAGUCUUAGCCUCUAUCCCAGAAGAGGCUCUGGCUUGGCCCUGGGAGUGUGAGGUGUGCCCUGGCCAGCAGCCUCUCUGGGAGCCCUGGUGCCACGAAGUCCUGCCCCCACUCUCCCCUGACUCUGCGAAAAUUGCACAGACGAAUGUAUUGUAAGGGCCAUUUGUGGCCUCCAGUGUGUACAUUCCUUGUGUUUGCAUGUCUGUAAUCUUCAAAACCAGCCCUUAAUGGUGUGAUGAGUCUUUGCUGCGCAAGCCCUGGUGUCAAUUCUGAGCUGUAAGAACUGUCUGUAAAUUGUGGUUAGUUGGGGGGAUAUGUCCUCCUGUAUUUAAGUACAUCUGUCUGCUCCUCUGAUGUAAUUUAUCUUCCCUGCUGUAACAGCACCUUGAAUCUGGGACAAUACAGUGUGGGCACUGCUGUCCUGCCACUGUCUCUCUUUCAUCAAGCGACUGAUGUGUGGGGAGCGGGUGGGCAGCCCCUGGGGAGGCCAGCUUGGCAACGUGUCUUCAGGCCAGGGAAGAGAGAGAGGACAGGCAAACACAAUGAAACGUGUUCCUAUGGAGCUACUCUCUGCAAGAAGUGGAGAACAAUUUGAGGACUCUGAAAUAGGAUGUGAUAUUUCACAACUAAAAUAAAACCCGGCUUUCAUAAAA